UGGGUUUUCGGUGACCCGGUAGCGCUCCCCGCCCCGCUCGCAGCCGGCUGGCGCCCUCCCCCCCCCCCCCGCGAGCUGGAGGCCGGGAUCUCCGAGCCGCGCCCGGGCCUGGCACCGCCUGCCGAGAGCGAGCAGCGCCCCGGGGGCUCUCGGCCGCAGCCGGUGGGCGAGGCAAUGGCAGCGGGCAACGCUGGGGACUGGGGCCGCCUGGAGUCCGCCCUGCGCGACGGCCUCCGCCUCCUCAGGGACCGGUGGGCCCGGGGGCCGAGGCAGCGCAGCGGGCAGGCGGCGGCCGCAGAGCGGUCGAGCAGCGGCCUAGAGGAGGCCGGCGAAGAGGUUUACGCCCUGCAGACGCUGCCGAUUGUUGUGCAGUUAUACAUUAUGUCAUUUCUCUCACCCCAAGACCUAUGCCAUUUGGGAAGCACAAAUCAGUACUGGAGUUUAGCUGUGCGGGAUCCAUUGUUAUGGCGAUAUUUUCUCUUGCGGGAUCUCCCUUCUUGGUCUUCUGUUGACUGGAAAUCACUUCCAGAUGUGGAAAUCUUUAAUAAAUCCUUUUCUGAGCUAAAUAAUAAUGCAUUGUAUGACUAUAUGACAAUAUACAAAAAGAGCUGUCCUCCGAGUAGACAUUUGAAAUCAAGCCGUCACACAUACGGAACUGUGACUUCAUUUUUACAAUCACUUGUCACGCAAGCAGAACCUCGCUUUGCCCUUUUUGGACCAGGUUUAGAAGAAUUGGAUGAAUCUUUGGUGCGAAGAAUGAUGACUUGCCCAGACAUUUUGCCUGUAGCUGGCUUACCUCAAAGACAAAUCCAUGGGAUUGGAUCAGGAGUCAGUUUUCAAUUUAAUAACCAUCAAAAUUUCAAUAUUCUGACAUUGUAUUCAACUACCAGCAUGGAAAGGAAGAGAGCAAGAACAGAGCAAACUGUUACAGUCAAUAAGAUGUUUUACCAGGAAAACAGCACAGGGGGGGAUCAACAGGCAGUACACUACAGUGUAAUUGCUCAGGUUAAAAAGGUGUGCCAAGUAGUUGAUGGAUUCAUCUAUGUUGCUAAUGCGGAAGCUCAUAAAAAACACGACCGUCAAGAUGAAUUUGCUCAUAUUUUGGCAAUGAUAGAUCCAACUCUUGGGCCUCCAAACAGACCUGUACUGAUUUUGUCCUGCACCUCUGAAGUUGGCAUUAAAAGAAUCCCUUGUGUUUACAUGGCACAUCAACUGCAAUUAAAUUUGCUAAGCCAACCAUGGAUGGUGCAAGAUUCUGUAGCUGCUACUUUAAGUGGACUGUUAAAUGGAAUUGAGUGGAUCCUGGGAGAGGUUGAAUGUAAAAAUGCACAAUGAUCAAACUUGUUUAGUCAUACUGUAUGGACUUUGUCAUUUGCAAAGAGUAUGAAGUGAAUAUUUUGCCCUGAUGUUGUACUGACAGAUAAGAGAUUUAAAAGGCAGCCCUCCGUGAUUACAAAUAUUUUAAUAAUAAAUAUUCUUCCAAAUA